ACGUCACACAAACAACUGCCCUUGACUCCGCCUCCUCCAGAUACUGGAUGUCGUUUAGCAUUAACCUAUAACAACUCGAGCUGGAUCAUUAUCAUAGCAACUCUGGGUGCAGAGAGGAAAACAUUCCAUAGGAUUCUCCGGUAUAUUUGUAGCGAGAUGGGAUCACCUACGACACGAAUACAAACGUAUUUACACGGAGAUCAAAGAAACAAAAUACCUGGUUUGCUAAAAUUGUCAGAGCAGAACACCAACGAUAGACGACAUACCCGUUAUGUCAAUUAUAUAAAUGAGUUGCUUAGGUACUUUGGAAAAGAACGAGUCCAUCUGGUCGGAAGUACAGCUGAAAACUUGAAAUUGCGGUGGUCAACAGACGGUGGUGACGCCGACUUUCUUCUCGUAUCAGGGAGACUGGAGAUUCCAGUAGCAAAUAUAAUACCGCGCUCAGAUACGCCUAGGUACAUUUGGUUGCGCGGUGAUCAUCUUGACGAGCGGUAUCGUGGACAUUUGCUUGAUGGGAAGUAUCUCUGCGCGCAGCUUUUGCGGACUGUCGAUCCUCAAUUGUUUACAACAUUGCGCGCGAUUCAUACGAUCGUGACAUCGCCUGCAGAUUUUGUUCCAGGAAGAGAGAGUCGAAUGACAAGCGUUGGUGUAAACUCAAAGGUCGGUUUAGCAAGGCUACAAAUGCGGGACCUUGUAGUUGACAACAACGCGUUCCCAGGGAAGACGAGAGGAAGGCAUGUUGGGAAACGCUGCGCCAAUAUAACAGCACAGUUAAAACUACGUUGGAAAGAAGUGAAAGUAAACCAAGAAGAUUUAAAGACAUUGAAGAGACUUCUGAAGAUAGUAGCACUAGUAAAGGAACCAGGAACUAAAGGAGAACAUCAUGGGUCGUUUAACUACUUUGCCACAAUGCUAUCUGAGGCGCUUAGCCGGCCUUCGCUUUUUGAAGAUGAUCUAGACGAUGAGGAAGUCUUUGAAAACGAUAUGGAUAUUGAUGAGAAUCAUGGUAAUGAGAGGAUCAAAGCAACUUACGAUGACAAGACAAGCAAAGAUUUUGUUCCUGCAGCCCGAGUAAGUGGAAAACUUCAGUGCAUGGUUGAUUUUCGAAACAGAAUGACACAUGCUGCAUGGCCAUCUCAGUCAAUCGCUGAAGACAUAUUCAACAACGACGUUUUCGUAAUAUGUAGAUCGGCUCCAUUAAAUCCAUCCGCAGACAAAGAUUUUUGCCUUGGUUUCAACCUUUCUGAAAUAACACUUAGCCAGAAUAUGCCAGAAGUCGCUAAGACCGUCUACAUUAUCAUGAAAUCGUACUUGAAAGGUUUAUUCCAAAAGCGGUUCAAUGCUAAGAACCGUGAAGAAGUUAGACUGAAGUCGUACCAUGUGAAGACGGCGAUUUUUUGGACCCUUGAAAAGCAUGGAUCGUGUAGCUUUUGGACAGGGACUUCUGAUGAUUCCAUUCUUCAGGGCAUUCGUUACGUUCUCGACAAAAUCAAUAAAUGCUUAAAAGACCGACAGCUGUGCCACUACUUCGUCACGAACAGCAACAUGUUCGACGGGUUUCAGGAGGAGGAAUAUUCCCUGUGUGAAGCAUGCGUGGACGAGAUCAUGAAAGACCCUGUCGGAAGUAUUGCACUCUUUUUUGAAUUGGAUAAAGCAAAAAAGGCAGAAUACUGGUUGUCUCCAGAUGAGUUUGAGCAAGUUAUGGCUUUAAAGAAGGAUGGUGGAAGAAAGGACUUCGUUGAUCGAUUGGAAGAUGCGUUAAUUGAUAUGCUUAGAGGUUUCAAUGAAGCUCCUAGGAGUCCCGAUGGAUCUUCUCCAAUCAGAAACGCAGCUUUAGGCGUUAUAGAUUUGUUUCGUAAAGAAGAACAAGAGAAAACCGGGGGUAAACAGUCAAGACGGGAGAGUAAUUGUGAAAGUCAACUAAAACCGGAACAUGUCCUUAGUGGAAACCGUUCUGGGGCGUCGGUGGUUGGUGGGCUGCUUAAUAUGCUACCGCACAAAGGGAAAGACGUUCAAAAAUGGACAGAUGGACUUGUUCAGUUCGCAUCGCAUUUUCCUGAAAGUCGCAAGUACAUUGAUAUGGUUGGUGGUAGUAGCGGGGUUUGGGAUGUCUUGCAAGCCGCUUCAAGUUCAGAUCCUUUAGCUGAGAUCAGAGCGGCGGUCGACAGGUACUUGUCCUGUCCGGACGACGUGGUGGACUCUGUUGCUAUGGAACUGAAGCAGAAGAUAAUCGCCUAUUUCAUUGGACAAAAGGAACUAUAGUUUGUUCUAGACGUUUCGCAGAUGGUAGACAAUUCAAAGAGAAAAGCCAAAACGCGCUGGCUGGUGAGGAAGCCCGUAUAAUCAAUUGUUUGACAGUAACGCCAUUGAAACUGAUGUCGAUAACAGUAACCCCAGUGAAACUGAUGUCGAUAACAGUAACACCAGUGAAACUGAUGUUAAUAACAGUACUCCCAGUGAAACUGAUGUCGAUAACAGUAACCCUGUUGUAUCCAAAUUGGAAAUCCUGACUGCUACUUAAUACAGAAAGUACUGGUGUAACACUCAAUUCAUGCCUCAGUAGAAACAAUCCAUAUCUAUGCUGCAAUACGUAUCCAGAAAGUUGCCGAAAUCAGCACCAUAACAUCCUGUAAUUAUUAAAUAACCUUGUUAUACCCAUAUGCCUAUGCUAAAAGCAGUGAAAGUUUAUCAGCUCAUAGAAUUCUACUUUAGCCAAGACAGUACUUCUUCUGAUUCGGAUGCAAGAUUUUACACCGGCUUGAGUUAGUUUGAAACCUUUGUGUAUCUUUGCUGUUGUAUUAUCAUAACUAGUAUAUCAUACUAAAUAGAUGUGUUUAUAAAUG